GCUGCAGACCCCGCCGUGAUUUCCCCCCAAGACCCCACCCUGCUGAUCGGCUCCUCGCUGGUCGCCACGUGCACGGUCAGCCCGGACUUUCCGCUGAAAGCCGAGGACCUGUACUGGACCCUGAACGGGCGGCGCCUUCCCGCCGCCUCCUACGCCGCCCUGGGGCCCUCCACGCUCAGCGUGGCCCUCGCCCGCCUCAACGGCUCCAGGCAGCAGUCGGGGGACAACCUGGUGUGUCACAGCAGAGACGGCGGCAUCUUGGCCGGCUCCUGCCUUUACGUUGGACGUACUACCCCCCGGAAAAAACCGGUCAACAUCACUUGCUGGUCCAAAAACAUGAAGGACCUGACCUGCAAGUGGGCGCCGGGGACAGAAGGAGAGACCUUCUUGCACACCAAUUACACCCUCAAGUACAAGCUCAGGUGGUACGGCCGGGACAACACCUGCCAGGAAUAUCACACGGCCGGGCCCUACUCCUGCCGCAUCCCCAAGGACCUGGCCCUCUUCACGCCCUACGAGAUCUGGGUGGAGGCCUCCAACCUGCUGGGGGUGGCCGUGUCCGACGUCGUUCAUGCUGGACAUCCUCAACGUGUCACCACGGACCCGCCGUCGGACGUGCACGUCAGCCGCGUGGGGGACCUGGAGGACCAGCUGAGCGUGCGCUGGAGCUCCCCGCCGGCCCUCAAGGAUUUCCUCUUCCAAGCCAAGUACCAGAUCCAGUACCGGGUGGAGGACAGCUCGGAGUGGAAGGUGGUGGAUGACGUGGGCAACCAGACGUCCUGCCGCCUGGCCGGCCUGCGCCCCGGCACCGUCUACUUCGUCCAGGUGCGCUGUAAUCCCUUCGGCAUCUACGGCUCCAAGAAGGCCGGGAUCUGGAGCGACUGGAGCAAUCCCACCGCCGCCUCCACCCCGCGCAGCGAGCGAGGGGCGGGGGGCUGCGACCCCAAAGGUGGGGAGCAGAACACGACGCUGCGGCGGGAGCUGAAGCAGUUCUUCGGGUGGGUGAAGAAACACGCCUACGGCUGCUCCAACCUCGGCAUCAAGCUCUACGACCAGUGGCGCGUGUGGCUGCAGAAAUCGCACAAAACACGCAACCAGGUUCUUCCCGGCGAUAAGUUGUAGCCCGCGGGGGACCGAGCGCCGGCAGGAUGGGA